AUGGACCCAGACGGUAGCAUCCCCAGCGAACCCGAACCCUCCGUCUUCAACUAUGUGCUCUCCUUCCUCCUCGUCGGCGUCGCAUGGGGCUUCACGACCCCCUUUAUCCGCCGCGCAGCAGCAGACUUCAACGCCCGACAAGAGAAGCAAGCGAGCGAAUCGAACUUAUUAGCGCGCGGAAGAGGCCGCUCACAAGAUUCACCGGAAACCGGGUUCACGGAUGCGGGCGAGGAACAGGAAUUGCUUUCUCGGGAGGAAAUCGGCGACUCCGGUGACGAGGAGGGUGUACGGAGACGGAGUACGAGCAGCAGUGCUCCGAACCGGAAACCGAAGAUUGCCGACGCAGAUACGGGGCUGGACGAUGGAAUUGCUGGACAGAGUGCGAGUCGCGGUACUGCGGAAGACAGGGAAGGCAGCGCGGAUGAGGAGCAGGACGAUCUACCUACGCCGGCGUGGAGAGGUGGAGCUCCUGUGAAGCAGUCGUGGCUGCGGAACAAGAUUGUUUCUAUUUUCUGGACGGUUGUGAAUCUGCUUCGCACGCCUGCAUAUUCGAUUCCCUUGGUUAUCAAUCUCACGGGCAGUAUUUGGUUCUUCUUGCUUGUUGGAAAACAUGAACUCUCGUUGACUGUACCGCUUGCAAACUCGAGUGCGUUCUUGUUUACCGUUCUUGGGGAGUGGUAUGUUGAUCGCAAGGUGAUUGCAAAGGAGACAUGGCUGGGGAUGGGGCUGGUACUUGGAGGGAUUGCAUUAUGUGUGCACUCUAAGAACCAGGCUUCUUGA